AUGGGUGCUUCUUAUUCGAGGUCUAUCGUCUCUGAUCCUGCCCAGUUUUCAACGCCCGCUGGCGAUGGCAAGUCUGAUAGGUCAACUUGGCGUGAAUAUGACUACAUCAUCGUGGGAGGGGGGACUGCCGGUUGUGUGCUGGCCUCUCGCUUGUCCGAGGACUCGGAUGUGACAGUGUUACUCAUCGAGGCAGGUAAAAGCCACGAGAGGGAUCUUCUCACCCGUAUACCUCUCGCAUGCACAAAAAUCUUCAAGACUGCCACCGAUUGGAGCCAUGAGACAGUCCCAGAGAAGGCGUUGAAUGAGCGCCAGGUGUACUGGCCGCGCGGGAAAAUAUUGGGUGGUACAAGUGCCAUCAAUGCGCUCAUAUAUCAUCAUUGUGCGCCUGAAGAUUUCGACGAAUGGGCUAGAAACGGAGCAACGGGUUGGAGCUUCGACGAUCUCCGGCCAUAUUUCCGCAAGUCGGAAAAGUACACGCCAAAUCCUCUAUUCCCUGACGUCAAGUCUACGGAUAGGGGUUCCACAGGACCAUGGCAGACUACUCACACCAGCGAUGCGGCGCCUAUAAACACGCUGAUCAUCGAAGCAUGCGAAUCUAUGGGAGUGCCAUACAAUGGCGAUCUUAAUACCGCCCGCGGCACCUUGGGAAUCGCUCAUUUUUCUGGAAUCGUCGAUCGCAAGGGCCAACGAAGCUCGACUGCGAGCGCGUAUCUCACAAAGGACGUGCUGUCGAGACCAAAUCUCACCGUCGCUGUGAAUACGACCGUUGAUAAAGUGCUGUUUUCGACGGCCGAAAACAGCAGCCCACGAGCCGUAGGCGUCGAGGUUUCUACAGCUCCAACAUCACCUCGCUACCGAGUCGCAGCCCGUCGCGAAGUCAUCCUGAGCGCAGGGGCAGUGGCAACACCCCAGAUUCUGCUCCUGUCCGGUGUCGGGCCUGCUGCCGAGCUGGAAGAGGUUGGUGUACCAGUGGUCAAGGAUCUUCCUGCAGUGGGGCGUCAUCUGUCCGACCAUAUUUCAUGCGGCCCGUUAACCUUCCGCGCGAAGUCAGGCUUCACCUGGGACCACCUCAGUCGCCCGCUUGCCGGGGCGAUCGCCAUGUUUAAGUGGCUCAUGUUCGGCACAGGGCCCCUUUCGGCACUCGGGCCAUCCUCUGGCGCCUUCGUCCGCUCAGACGACCCAAAGUUCCCGUUUUCUUCGCCGGGUUGUGAGUCAGGUCCCGUCAAAGAUCUGACGUCUGGUCCCGGUGCGCCCGACAUCGAGCUGGUUUGGUCUCCUGUAGUUUUCAUCGAUAACGGCUUUGUGGAGCCUCCGGCGGGUUCGUACGGGUUCACUGCGGGUGCGAUCGCUUUGAGACCAGAGAGCACCGGAAGUAUCAAGCUGAAGUCAAAUAAUGCGUGGGACAAGCCACUGAUCCAUGCAAAUUAUUUUGAUUCAGAAAGCGACAUGAACGUUGUUAUCCGCGGGACGAGGUUCCUCCUGCGAAUGGCGCACACGGAGCCCCUCGCGUCUGCUUUGGACUUGAGACCCGAGUCGCAGGAUAAAUCCAGCUUCUUCUGGCCCGGAGAUGCCGACCCUGAGAAGGUUACCGAUGAUGAGCUCAAGGAGUGGAUCAGAAGAAAUUCGUCUCCCUCAUUUCAUCCAGUAUCCACCGCGAGGAUCGGCCAAGGCGCAGAAACUAGCGUCGUAGAUCCCUCUCUUCGCGUGCAUGGCAUCAGUGGGGUGCGUGUCGUAGAUGCAUCUGUUUUCCCUGGGCAAGUAUCUGGACAUCCUUGCGCUGUGGUUGUGGCCAUCGCAGAGAAGGCCGCCGAUUUAAUUAAGACCUCGGCUUGA